GUGCUUCUCACGAGACACACAUAAGACAUCGUCGUCGAAAUAUAUCGCUUUAAUAUCGUCGUCGAGUCCGAGGCCUUACGCAGUUUCAGAUCUAUCUUUGUUGGGCGUCGACGUGCUUUUGUGCUUUUGCAGUCCGAGCAGUCAUCCUCUGUGCGAACAAAUUCCUUUAACCCAUUUUAGCUCGAUCAAUUUGAGCGUAAUUUUCUUUCGUGAAUCAGUGCAGGCAGUCAAGCCAAAAACAAAUAAGCCAAAAUGUCUCUCAGCGAUGCUGACGUCCAGAAGCAGAUCAAGCAUAUGAUGGCCUUCAUCGAACAAGAGGCCAAUGAAAAAGCUGAAGAAAUUGAUGCAAAAGCAGAAGAAGAAUUUAAUAUUGAAAAAGGACGCUUAGUACAGCAACAGCGUCUCAAGAUUAUGGAAUAUUAUGAAAAGAAAGAGAAACAAGUUGAGCUCCAAAAGAAGAUCCAAUCUUCAAAUAUGCUUAAUCAAGCUCGUUUGAAGGUUCUCAAAGUUCGUGAAGAUCAUGUCAAGAAUGUCUUGGAUGAUGCAAGGAAGAAGCUCAGUGAAAUUUCUAGGGAUCAAGGCAAAUAUGCUGGACUCUUGAAACUGUUGAUUUCUCAAGGAUUAUAUCAACUGGUAGAAACUACUGUAGUCAUAAGAGCUAGACAAGUUGACCAUCCUUUGAUCGAAUCACUUUUACCUGAAAUUCAAGAUACAUACAAAGAGCAUACCAAGAAGGAAGCUACAUUGAAGCUGGAUCAAGAUAACUACUUGGCUGCUGACAGCUGUGGUGGUGUUGAACUUUUGGCCCAUAAAGGACGCAUAAAGAUAGUCAAUACAUUGGAAAAUAGACUGGAACUCAUCGCUCAACAACUUAUUCCAGAAAUCCGCACAGCAUUAUUCGGUCGCAACGUUAACCGCAAAUUCACCGAUUAAAUUACCGCGCACAAUCGCGUUUUAACAUUCCUGUAAAUCGAUGCUAAAUCUGAGACGGUUCGAUUUCAUGUUACAUCUUGAAAGCGCCGAUUGAUGUGUUGAACGCACGUAAUUCGCUUACCUAUGGUUAGAUUUGAAACUAUAUGUAUGAUAAAUGAAUGUAUUACUGUAAUUAUUGAAAAGGCAAAUAAUUAAGUUUCAUUAAAAAUGUCAUGUAUUUUUAUUUGUCUGUUACAAGCUGUGACAUUAUUUCGGUUCAGCUGUUGAAAAAUAUUUAUUCUAGUUUAAUAAAUUAAUCAAAAACCAAAUUAA